CAAGGAAAGUUAGGAGAUAGUAGAAGAGAGAGAGGAGAUGGUGAAUAGCAUAUGCCGAGAGACAUUUGGUUUGAUACCUCCAAGGGGCCUGACCUCCUACAGACUCGGCUUGGGAACAGAAUAUCCAAUAAGAGAAGUUCCUUGGGAGUCCUCUCAGAUUCCCUUCAAAAGCAGUCUGAAAUCUCACCCACUCUAUACGAAUAUUUCUCAAUCAAAAUUCCGAAGCCAACUCAAACUCGCACGCACUCUCGACAUUACAUGCCUAUAUUUAUAAUCUCAUCACCAUCAUGACCACCACUUCUCUCUCUAUAAGUCACUCUCUCUCUCCUCUCUCCUUUUCUACCUCUCCUUCUCCUUCUGCUUCGUCUUCGUCAGCUCUGUACGGUCCGGUGUCUCCUAAAGCUUUGUGCUUUAUCUCCGUGAGAAAAAAACCCGUUUCUUUGUUUUGCAAAGGGCGGGCGGAGAGGCAAACAAGAUAUUUUUUUGUGUCUAAAGCAAGCGAUAUGACUAUCGAUGAAGUCAGGGAAGAGGAGGAGGAGGGGCCUCCGUUGCUUGACUCGGAGACCAACUCUAGGCCCCGCCGCAUUGCGCUCUUUGUCGAGCCUUCACCUUUUGCAUAUGUGUCAGGGUAUAAGAACCGGUUCCAGAAUUUUAUCAAAUACUUGCGUGAAAUGGGGGAUGAGGUGAUGGUGGUGACCACACAUGAAGGUGUGCCUCAAGAGUUUUAUGGAGCAAAAUUGAUUGGAUCACGCAGCUUUCCCUGCCCCUGGUAUCAGAAAGUGCCACUUUCCCUGGCACUUAGUCCUAGAAUAAUUUCAGAGGUUGCUCGAUUUAAGCCUGACAUAAUACAUGCUUCAUCACCUGGGAUAAUGGUUUUUGGAGCUCUUGCGAUUGCAAAACUAUUAUGUGUCCCCAUAGUGAUGUCUUAUCACACUCAUGUGCCAGUUUACAUUCCAAGAUACACUUUCAGUUGGCUGGUGAAACCCAUGUGGUUGAUUAUAAAAUUCCUACACAGAGCAGCUGAUCUUACGCUGGUGCCCUCCGCUGCAAUUGGUAGGGAUCUUGAAGCAGCUAGUGUGACAGCUGCUAACAAGAUUCGUCUUUGGAACAAGGGUGUUGAUUCUGAAAGCUUCAACCCCCGUUUCCGCUCGCAUGAGAUGCGAGUAAGACUAAGUGGUGGUGAACCUGAGAAACCAUUGAUAGUUCAUGUUGGUCGACUUGGAGUUGAGAAGAGUUUGGAUUUCCUCAAGAGGGUUAUGGACAGGCUUCCAGAAGCACGAAUUGCUUUCAUUGGAGAUGGCCCAUAUAGAGAGGAGCUGGAAAAAUUGUUUACUGGCAUGCCUGCGGUAUUUACGGGGAUGCUUGGAGGUGAAGAGCUUUCGCAGGCGUAUGCCAGUGGAGAUGUUUUUGUUAUGCCUUCAGAAUCUGAGACACUUGGGCUAGUUGUUUUAGAGGCCAUGUCUUCAGGAAUUCCUGUGGUGGGAGUUCGUGCUGGUGGAGUCCUAGAUAUAAUCCCUCCAGACCAGGAGGGCAAAACUGGUUUUAUGUUCAAUCCUGGCGAUCUUGAUGAUUGCGUGGGCAAAUUGAGGACUUUGUUGCAAAACCAAGAGUUGAGAGAAACCAUGGGGAAAGCUGCACGUGAAGAAAUGGAGAAGUAUGAUUGGAGGGCAGCCACCCGAAAGAUACGAAAUGAACAGUACAAUGCUGCCAUCUGGUUCUGGCGCAAGAAGAGAGCGCAACUAUUGAGACCUCUUCAAUGGUUGGCAAAACGCCUUUUCCCUUCCCCAGAAGUUAUAUAAGUGAUGCAAAAAUUUCUUGGGGGUUUUCAUUACUGGUUUUUGCCAUCUUUCUGGACUGCAGAGGAGCCCUCAUGGUACGUGUGAUUGAUUGCCAGACAUUCAUUUGUUGUAUAUACUGGACCAUGCUCUGUCGUCAAUCUGUUGUAUUUUGUGGCAGAUCGACUUAGAUGUCGAUUUGAUGCUAUAUAACAAGGCAAAGUUUUUCAGCUUCAGUAUUCCUUGUGGUCUUCUGACAUUUUCCCUUGUUUCAAAUAGAUGGCUAUACUUUCUCAUGUGUACAUAUGUUGUUAACCAAGAAAGAGUAUAACUUUGCCUCUUA